GAACCAAGUACAGUUCACGACGUGACCCAUGACAUCAUCAAAACAGAUCCACAGAGUAUACUAGUCAAAUGGACAGUAGUUGAGAUGGAUGCAGAUACACUAAAAUGUUUCAACUCUACAUAUUUCUACACUGUGUAUCUGAAAUCGAAUAAUGGUGAAGGAGUUGGUGAUGUUGUUUAUCAGGGAAUUGAUACUAAAACUGCGAUAUACAACAUUAAUGUUGAUGCUACUUACGUCAUUUUGAUAACUGUGUCCAAUAAAGAUAGCGAAGGCGAAUUCAGUGAAAGUCAUCUUGUAGAUCAUGAAUGUGAAACUGGAUUUUUUGGAGAAAACUGUGAAGAGAAAUGCACCAAACCAUGUAUGUGCCACAGAUUGACGGGAAAAUGUGUGUCAUGUUAUUCAAAUUGGCUUGAACCCAACUGCGAAAUCG